AUGACUAUCAAGCAUAACAAAGUUCUUCUUACUGGCGCCUCCGGGUUCAUUGCCAUCCACACUCUCAAGCUUUUACUUGAAAGAGGAUACACCGUCAAGGCAACUGUGCGAUCUCAAGCCAAGGGUCAAUAUCUUUUGGAUAAGUUCCCUGGUCAACCAAUUGAACUUGCUAUCGUGGAGGAUAUUCGAGUUCCUGGAGCUUUUGACAAAACUUUGGAAGAAGACAAGGAAAUCACUGCGGUUUUGCAUACUGCAUCACCAUUUUUUACCGCCAAGGAAGAUCCACUCAAUGAGCUUUUGAUUCCUGCAUUGGAAGGCACCAAAAACAUUUUGAGUGCAAUUAAGAAGCAUGCACCUCAAGUGACUUCUGUGGUGAUUACCUCGUCGUUUGCUGCAAUUUUGGAUCCUAGUAAGUUGCAUGAUCAUAGCACUGUGUUUUCGGAAAGCACCUGGUCACCAAUUACAUGGGAACAGGCAACUACAGACUUGUCAACAAGUUAUCGCGGAAGCAAGACGUUUGCCGAGAAGGAGUUUUGGCGGUUCAUCAAGGAGGAGUCGCCUAACUUUACGGGCACCACGGUAAACCCACCGGCAGUGUUUGGGCCAUUGCUACAGGAUGUGCCAUCGGUGGACCGCUUAAACACGUCAAACGGGCUUUUGUACCAUGGUGUGUUUAACCCUAAGGAUGGCAAUGACUUUAACUCUACCCCACACAUUUGGGUUGAUGUAAGGGAUGUUGCACUGGCUCAUAUUUUGCCAUUGGAGAAGCCUGAGCUUGCAGGCAAGAGACUGUUUGUGACGGCCGGAUUUUUCUCAUUGCAAUCAGUGUUGGACAUUGUUAAUAAGGAUUUCCCUGAGUUGCAAGGCAAGAUCCCUGUGGGAGAGCCCGGCACUGGACUCAGCAAGGUGCCUAAUGUGUAUCAGAUUGAUAACCAUGUUACGAAUGAGUUGCUUGGUAUCAAGUAUCAUACUUUGGAAGAAACAGUAAAGGAUACUUUCAAGACAUUGAUUGAGCUUAAGAACAAAGUUGAUAAAUAA